AUGAGUUUGAGAGCCCUGGACCAGAGGAGCUCGACGCAGGAGAUUGGCGAGGAGGCCGAGGAGGACGCCAUCUUCACCAUCACGCUGAGGAAGGUGCAGCUCCACCAGUCGGCCAGUAAGGGGCAGCGGUGGCUGGGCGUGGACACGGACUCGGCCCUGAGCCUCUACGAGACCUGCAAGGUCCGGACCAUCAAGGCGGGCACGCUGGAGCGCCUGGUGGAGUACAUGGUGUCGGCGUUCAGGGGCAAAGACUCCACCUAUGUCACCAUCUUCCUCUGCACCUACCGCUCCUUCGCCACCACCAGGCAGGUGCUGGACCUGCUGCUCAACAGGUAUGCCAAGCUCCAAAAUGUGCCUGCAGCCACAGCCCACCGAGUGUCCCAGGACGACUGCACAGAGCUGAGGAACACUGUCGUCCAUCCUGGGCGCCUGGUUGGACCAGUACUCGGAGGACUUCUGGACCCCCCAGCUACGACUGUCUGCACCAGCUUCUGUCCCCUGCACGUCCACUUCCCCGGCUCGGACCUGGAGCGCCGAGCCCGGAACUCCUGGCCCACUUCCACCGGCGGCAGCAGGGAACACAUCGGAUGCCCCUUCGCCACGCAUGAGGAGAGCGGCUUCGAGGACGAGCUUCCCGCCUUCAGCUUCCUGUCCUUCGACCACAUCAUGGUGGCGGAACAGUUCACGCUCAUGGACGCGGAUUUGUUUAAGAAGGUGGUCCCGUACCACUGCCUGGGGGGGAUCUGGUCCCAGCGGGAUAAGAAGGGGAAGGAGCACCUGGCCCCCACCAUCCGGGCCACCGUCGCCCAGUUCAACUCCGUCACCAACUGUGUCAUCACCACCUGCCUGAGUAACCCCACGCUGAAGCCCACCAGAGGGCCCGGCUGCUGGAGAGGUGGAUCGACGUGGCCCGGGAGUGUUCGGAUUUUGAAGAACUUCUCGUCGCUGCGUGCCAUCCUCUCCGCCCUUCAGUGCAACGCCAUCCACCGCCUGAAGAGGACCUGGGAGGAGGUGUCGCGGGAGAGUUUCCGUACUUUUCGUGAACUGUCAGAAAUCUUCUCCGACGACAACAACUACUCCCUGAGCCGAGAGCUGCUGGUCAAGGAGGGAACGUCCAAGUUCGCCACGUUGGAAAUCAACCCUAAACGGGCUCAGAGGAGACACCAACAGCAGAGAGACCUGGGUGUGAUGCAGGGGACGAUUCCUUACCUGGGGACGUUUCUGACCGACCUGGUGAUGAUGGACACGGCCAUGAAGGACUACACCGAGGGCGGACUCAUCAACUUCGAGAAGAGACGAAAGGUGACGUAUGAGAACAAAGAUUUCACUCAGGACAGUCACUUCAGGGAGUGGUUCGCUGGUGUCGAGAAGCUCAGCGAGGCCGAGAGCUAUAAUCUGUCCUGUGAGAUCGAGCCUCUGUCGGAGUCGGCCAGUAACACGCUGCGAGCCAAGAAGAACGGCGGCAUCAUGAAACGCUGGAGCGAUCGUCAGCUGACCGAGGCGGGCUCCAGCGGCGCCGGCUCCCAUUCCAAGUCCUUUGACCACUCCCACUACCGGCCAUACCAGGGAGGGGGCGGGACAGCGGCGACGCCCUCAGCGUCACCUCCGUCAGCUCCAGCGGUCGGACCUGGAGGACACGUCGACGCCUUCGGUGAAACUUUCCGUGACGGCGUUGGGAGGGAAGCUCCACCCACAGACACAACGUCUACGUUCUGGGAGUGCACGUCGCUGUCGUCACUCGACACCUCGGGGAUGGGCUCCAGCUCCGGCUCGGCCUCGGGCUCCAGCAGCGCCUCGUCCUCGUCCGUGUCGUCGUCCACGCCGCUGUCGGCCUCGCGCUCGCACAAGCGCUCAGUGUCGGCCGUGUCCAACUACUCCACGCUGUCGCUGCCGCUGUACAACCAGCAGGUGGACGACUGCUGCAUCAUCCGCGUCAGCCUGGACGUGGAGAACGGGAACAUGUACAAGAGCAUCCUGAUUUUAGAGAUUCCGAGCUGCCCUGAACGCAUCACCUUUCCCAACCAUGUCAAUACACAGACAUUUACCUUCAGUGAUGAACACGUGACGAGUCAAGACAAAACCCCGGCCGUCAUCAGGAAGGCGAUGAUCAAACACAAUCUGGAGCGAGAGAAGACCGAGGACUACGAACUGAUGCAGAAAAUCUCUGAGGACAAAGAGCUUCGGAUCCCGGAUAACGCUAACGUCUUCUACGCCAUGAACUCCACUGCCAACUAUGACUUCGUGCUGAAGAAGCGCGGUUCGCUGCGGCCGGUUCGCGCCAAGAACGUGGCCAGUUUUUCUAAAGCCCAGCGGCACCGGCGUCAACAUAAACAUCACGAAGCCGCCACUAGAGGGCGCUCGAAUGUGUUUCUAUUUUCAGGGAAGCUUCGUCGUGUCGUUCUUCACUUCUUCGCCGCCUUCGCCGUCCGCCUUGUCCCGGUGGGUCCUGAUGUCCGCAGAACCUCCCCUCCUUCCGCCGGGACUGGUGUCGGCGUCUUCGUGGAAGGAUGUUCUGCCGUGGUGUCAAACCCCAGCCUCACGCCACUUCUUCUUCUUCUUCUUCUUCUUCUACUACGUUUUCAUAACCACUACAGCGUGAAGGAUGUGGCGGUCCUUAAAUGA